AUGACUGCACUUCCGGGCUCUUUUUCGCUUGUUUUUCUUUUCUUGUUGGUAGGCCACCCCUCUACCACCGUGACGAUGGGGCUUGGCUUAUGCCAGCUGAAAUCACCUUCGGUUGCGAAGUGGGAAACUACGCUGCAUGCAGAGCGGCCAAAAGGGAAGUUGGGGGCAGUGCCGACAGACAGCACCGCUUCUGCCUCUACGCCCAGGAUACCAGUGCUAAUGGAGGCCCCUGGCAAGAGAGACGUCUGUCAGCCUGCGCCUGCUGCCGCCUCUCCCCACAAGAAGGAAGGGGUAGAUAGGUGUUGCCCUAGCUUAUCGAGAAGCAUGAUGUUUGAGGACUCCGGCAACCCUCUCUUGGCACCCAGUACGCGCGCGUCGGAUGGCAGGGACGACUUGGAGCACCGAAGUGCCUCACGCGGGCUGGGAGCCGUGUCAACAGCUACCUUCUCGCAUUUCAGCUUUCAACAUGGGUCUGAUGCCAUGAGUCACCCGCUCAACUGCUCAUCAUCGGCGCACAGCAGCAACACAAACCCCUUUUCUCCGCAGGGUAGUUGUGGGGGCGGUCUAGACUCUUCUAGUAUCACAGAUGUGUUCAACACCGCCAAUGGAGUACCGAGCCACACUCGCAGCUUUUGUGGUCCCGUCGACGCGUGCCAGCUGAGUAGUAACUUGCAGCCAAGCAGCUGCUGGGGCGACAACGACCCUCCUCUAGAACUGAAUCGCUCACUGAGCACAUGCCCCAAGAGCUCGUUGCAGAGCUCAGGGUUGCCAUCAACGCUCAUACCUUGCCGUAGCAGUGUCCGCUUCUUGGGCAAUGAUGAGAAGGAUGCCAAGCAGCCGGAGAUGGGUUCGUACGAGGUGAGCAACCACGGAGACCAGGAUAGACUGAAGGAGGCCUCACCCGACGCAUCAACGUCGGUGAGCAUCCCCAUUGCUCAGCCCAACCACCAGUGUGAACCACAAUCGCUGAUCGAGGAAAAUGCUGGGGAAGAUAGCGGACCUGCAAAGAAGAAAGCGGACCCGAAAUUGUGCAACUCAGUGCCGACAGCAUCUUCUGUGUCUCGCGAGACGCCCUCUCCGUGGUUGUCCAUCGAGGAGCCAUAUUCAGGUGCGUCAAACCAUAACGACGUCUUCGAUGACUUUUCGCCAUUUUGCUUCAGCAACCAUAGCGGCCGCUCGAGUGUCUUCUAUGGCGACGGAGACGGCGGCGAGAUGCAGCCGGUAGCUGCGCUGCUCCCUGCGACCUCCCGUACCUCCCAGUCACUGAAGAGCAUUCUACUAAGACCGAGUGCAAACGCCAGUGGUGUCGGCGGAUUUUCUACACCUUACUUCGCUUUAAACUCACCCUGGCCGGACACGGCGUCGCCCGGACCUCGUCGUGUCAGUCGCCGCCAGCAGAGCGAGUCAGAAAGAUUCCUCUCGGAGCAGCGACCCAGCUUCACUUCGGUAUUGCCACGCUGUCCCAGCGGUUCCACGCAGCAUCGACUCCGCCGUGGCGAGGACAGCAGCAGCGACGACGAACACAUCAUUGCUAGUGUGCAGUGGGCCGUGUUGCGCUUGCAGGACUCUGAUAGAGCCAGCGACAGAUGUAGCCGAACCUCCGAGCAGCAGGAAGGCGGACUGAGCUCCAUUGAAAUACGAGCACGUGCACUCCGCACCGCAGCGAGGAUGAGUAACGCCAUUGUCUCUGUGCACCAUACACCGACGAAGGUAGAAGUAAGGAACUCCAUGCAGAGCUCUGUGACCUAUGAGAGUGGUCGUGCAGGGGCUUAG